UCAAAUUGUACUCAUCAAUAGACUCAGGAGCAACCACUACAACUUAAAUUUCAGUCUUUACAGAAAAAAUAUGGUUUCUUCACCCGCCUGCGACUGCGGAGACUCAAUUCAAGACAUUAAUCACAUUCUUUUUUAUUGUCCCAACACACGGCAUAAAGCCACUCCCAUUCUGAAAUACAUACAGAAAAACUUUCCUUCCCACUCAAAUAACAUCUUUCCUUUGUUAGCUAUGCCCACACCAAAAAUGUGUCGUCUACUCCUCUCGUUCCUCAGAGCCUGUUCUCUGUCCGUUUAAAAUUCCCUCUCCGGGAAGCGGGCAUGGCGCGCGUCGGUGCUCGGGUUGGCGAGAGAUGGCGCGCGCGGUAACGUAUCUGAGUGCCAUUUUGGCACGGCUCCGUUUGUCGGUACGCUUGUGGAAGGUUGGAGGUGUCUGGGAUUAGAUUGGCCAAGUUUACCCCUGCUCAGGGGACCAGGGCCAUUAUAACUGAAAGAAGAAGACGAGAAAUCUAGAACGAAGUAAAGGUAUAUUUGACCUGAUUAAGUACAAAAAAUAGAAAAAAAAAUCGAAAUUAUUUUUAAUGUUUAAUCAAGAAAAUAGGGAAAAUGAUUUAAAAGUAUACAUUAUUUAGCUGAAAGAGAUAAGGCGUCAUAUAACCUCGAAGCGAAGUUGAAGACGCAUGCUCGCCAUCCAGUGCAACCACAAAAAAAAUAUUAGACCAUUGUACGCCUAAGCGAAUCGUUAACACUGUCAACAGUACCAUGCUGGACAGCAUUGUUUUAUAACUUAUUUCUUUAACUGGACACGUGUUAUUGAGAUUAUAUGAACUGAUACGUUUGUCUUCAAAAAAUAAAAUGAGAUUUAGUCUUCAAAAUUUUAAGCAGUUUUGUAGAUUACGGAAUUUCUCGUUACACACGUUGCCUGCAGAAACACCGGAGAAAAAUGUGAUUGGCACGAGGUUGAUUUUGCCGGAGCCAAAAUAUAAUACAGACUUUUUAUGCAAUCCUGCGAACCGUGACAUUAUUUUCAACAAUAUUAAAAGAAGAAAAGGUAUUGGAGAUAUCGAUAAAGUCCUCGAAUAUUCUGACAAACCCGAGAAGCGAGAAUUGCUCUUGCAAGAAUUAAGCAAAAUACCGAACUGUACACAUCCUGCGGUAAUUGAGUAUGGCGAUGAGCCAAGAUUGAUGAAGGAGUGCGGCGAAAAGCCAGAAUUCGACUUUGAGCCGCAAGAGUUUGCCGAGCUCGCCACUAAUUUAAAAGCGAUAAGGACCCAUACGCUGGGCCCUGUCACUGGACAAAGAAGCUACGCACUCCUGGGGGAUCUGGCGGAAUUGGAGGAAGCGUUGAUUCAGUAUACACUUAGAAAAUUGAGGAAGCAUGGAUUUAAAUUGUUAUCGGUACCGGAUAUCGUCCUGACUAAAAUAAUCGAGAGGUGUGGCUUAGUAGUGGAUGAUAAUCGGACCUUGGUAUAUAAUUUAGAUUCUUAUUACGGUGACAGCUAUAGCUUGUCUGGAACCGCGGAAAUGUCAUUGGCUGGCAAACUGAUGAACGCUACACUUUCCUGCGACGCCCUACCGAUGAAAUUGGCCGCCGUCAGUCGAUGCUAUCGUGCAGAGGGUUCGGGUUCCCUGGAUGAAAGAGGAAUCUAUAGAGUUCACCAAUUCACUAAAGUGGAGAUGUUUGUUUGUUCCGAACCGAACCAAUCUGAGGAGGUGUUUCAAGAUCUUCAAAAUAUACAGGAGGAAUUGUUCUCCUCGUUAGGAUUGCACUUUCAAAUAAUGGAUAUGCCGCCACUUGAUUUAGGUUCACCAGCUUAUAGAAAAUGUGAUAUGGAAGGCUGGAUGCCCGGAAGAAAGUUGUACGGCGAAUUGUCCAGUUGCAGUAAUUGCACGGAUUAUCAGUCGAGACGUCUCAACAUUAGGUAUAGGACAAAGGAUGGAAAUACAGCUUACGUGCACACACUAAAUGGAACUGCGUGUGCGAUACCUCGCAUGUUGAUCGCAUUGUGCGAAACGUAUCAGACAAGACAUCACCGUAUCACCGUACCAAAUGAGUUGGUGCCUCUGAUGAAGGGCAAAACGCUCAUUAAGAAGCAAUCAAUCGCGGACAUGAGACCUUACAAGUAUAAACAAAAAUUAAAUGUAAAAGAGAAAAUUGAAUAAAAUUAAAUAAAAAAAAGAGGUUACAAUCAUAAA